GUGAAUGGCAUGUGCAUGUGUGUAGGUUCUCUCGUUGCCCGCUACUUUCGUAUUGCGUGUGCGUGGAUUUCUCGGGUUUUGCCCGGCCCCGUCGACGCAACUGAUAUGUUUUACGCUCUAGUAGAGUACGCUGUGGAUGAUGUUAAGGCAAUUUUACCGGUUUCACUGGUGAAGAAUUUCAACCCGAAUUCAUGUGACGACUUCGACGCCAGUGAAAAACUGGCCUAUUGGCGUUCCUCCGAUGGGAUGUUUGAAAAAUACUACAAGGCGAAAAUCUUGCUUCUCGGAGAGACACGGAGUGCGCUCAUUCGUAAAAUUUCAAAAACUGGUCGUGAGGUCCCAGACAUCAUAGAACCAGCAACUGCACAACAGAAUGACAGCGAGAAAAGCGCACCUAGUCAAAAAGCACAGAAAAAGAAUCGUGCGGCUGCACGUGAAAAGCAGAUGACGACAAUCAUACGGAAGAAACAAAGAAGAACGGAGGAACCAUCUGAGUACUCGGACUCCGACGACGAGCUCAUCCCAAAGGGUCUUUUGCGUCGCCAAAAGCGUGAAACAAAGCGCCUCCUUGCUGAAAACCAGACACUGAGGAAGAAAUUGGAUGAGGAGCGGGAACUGGCCGUAGAGUUACAGAAGGCCCUACUAAAGAAACACUUUUCCGCAACCUCAAGCACAUUCACUGACCACCUGGCAGAUGGCAAAGGGGCUCAAUGUGCUGUUCCCCUCGCAAGUGACCUUGAAGACUUCGUCACUGAGGAGCCUUCUACAGUGUCCCCGCCCAGUUCGAUGGAUGUGUCUAUCCAGUUCCAGAAGGAUACUGUGACUCCUACAGCCUCCCUACACCAAGCAGAAUCAAUCACACAUGUGACCACAGUGGAGAAUAUGAGCACAGAUGUGACCAGUAUGGACACACCAGAGGUCACAAUUGCAAGCAGCAGCAACACAGAGGGACAGGUGAAUCUGUCAGCACCGGCUCCGAAUGGUGGGCACCAACCUGCAGGAGGAGGACGAAGGGGAGUUGUACAGCUACCGAGUACUCCACCGUCCACAGCAGGAGACCACAUGGUGCUAGAGGAAGGUGUAUUGGUCCCAAAGGACAAGUUUGAAUGGGUCAUGGGGGCUUCUGGUGAUUCAAGAUUCUGCCGCGAAAUGGCCCGCCUCCUUUGGACUACCGAGCAACUACAAAACCGAAGUGUAACCGGAGAGGCGUGCAGGAGACUUUUGAAAGAAGGAGCUACCGCCAGGAAAGCUCUUACACCUGUCAAAAUGAGAGCAAUGGCAGGUGCCUACCACGAAUAUAUAAAACGUCAUGGUGACCCUUCGCACAGUUCCGAACAAAGACUCGGACAAAUGAAGAAAUAUCUACGGAACCUGCUGUCCGAUAUCACCAGAAAUGCCAAGUAACGCUACGAACAAUGAAAAGCGGGAGCACCCGUGCAUUACUUUUCAUAUACUGGCUGUUUCAUGAAGGUCCACUUACUGAAUAAUUUGCAAACAGGUGGUGCCAUCAAAGACUUUAUUUUUGGUAAAGAUCCUUGGAACAUUAGCCAUAGGCUGAGUAGGGAGCAGCUCAGUCACAUACCUUUAGUAAUUAAAUAAACAUCCUAACUUUUAAUUAUUACUUCGCAUGCUUAGAGGACCUGUGUUUUAUGUAUCGGGACCUUUUGUGAAAAUAUCCAGAUGGAAAAAAAACUUGUUGACACUGCACCUUUUCAAUGAAUUAAUUUGUUACGAUUUACAUAUUUCUUGUGCGGAGCAAUGCAUGGAUGCGCUCUCUGAGUCAGCUAUGCUGCUGUCAACUUUGUCUUCAUCCAUCUGGAUUGCUCACUGGCGCAGCGGGAGAUUAGGAAAACCGCAUCAGGUGCUUUGGUAUUCCUCCUCAAUGAAACUGGUGAACAGUACUGGCAGCACUCGUUCCAUAGAGAAGCAAUACCAAGGCGUCUGUUGCGGUCUUGCGCCUGUUCCUUAUCCUCUGUCACCCCAAUGUGCCAUCCUAGCGGAUGAACACGAAAGCGCCAGCCAGGCAGCUGAUACAAAAUGGACAUUAAUGCACUGCUCCAUGAAAGAAAUAUGUAAACCAAAACAUUCUAAUUACUAGAAAAUGUGUCUACGUGUUUUUCUUGCAGUAUGUUUUCCUCAAGGUCCCGAUACAUAAGACAGUAGUUAAGAAAGUAUGCAAAGUAACAUUUACAUGUCUGGAUAUUUAUCUAAUUAAUGACUGUAUGCAACUGACCUACUUGCUACUGGGAUAUGGCUGAUACCCCAAGAGCCUGUACCAAAAAGAGUUCUUCAGUAUUUCGCCACCUGUUUACAAAUGAUUCAGCUGAGGGACUGUUCUGAAACACGUGGCAUAAUAAAUCAUUUAUUUCCCACCAUAACUGGGGGAGCCAUGAGGCAACGAGCGAAACUCAAAGUACAAAGAAAAAGCAUUUAGUCAAAGGCAAGCCAUGUAACCAUAUAACCACAAA